AUGGGAAAGAGAAAUAAGCAGGCCGCCGGAAGGAUCGGCAAUGCCAUCGUCAAUGGCAUAAUCGAACCCAUCAUGAAACUGCAGGAAGAGAACCCAGACAUCAGCGCCAUCGACCUCGUCAACAAGCUCAAAGAACGGAGGGAGCACGCCCGCACAAAGAAGGAUAUCCUUUCCCAGUCUGUCGACAAAGCGCUGGAGAUUAUCAGGUCAGAGAAAGAAAAGAUGGGUUCAGAGGGAGCAGGAAAUGACGACGAGGACGAUUCAGACGAUGAAGAAGAGUACCCCCCUACAGCAGAUGGAACCCCAGUGGCAAUGAUGGAAAUCAAGAACACCAACAGCAUGAACAAGAGCAUCACCUCGCGCUGGAAGCACCCUCAGAGCGCCUCGAAUCCUGCCUCUGCCAUUGGAUCAGCGUCAGUCUCCGCGGCCCCAUCUGCAGUCGCCUCGCCCUCAGUCUCAGAACCAGGAACUCCUCAUCUCAAUGGAUCGCUGACACCUAACCACGUUGUUGACCCACCCCUCGACCCCCUGGCUGUCGAUGCUACCCCAACCGCCUUGGCCCAUGCUGCCGCCGAGGUCGCCAUCACCAGCAGCAAGUCCAAGAAGCGCGCCAAAUCGACCCCCAACGGCACUAGUGACACAUCAGGAAGCAAGAGACACAAGACUUCUGGCAGCAGUGAAAGUCGCGGAGGGGCAGAGCACGCACCACCCAAGAUCAGACUGGAGGACCUGGGAGGCGUUGACCACUUUAUCGAGAAGGUCAAGGAGUAUGUCAUGAUGCCGCUCGCACAUCCAGAAGUAUAUGCUCAUAUGGGAGUCAAGCCUCCAAGAGGAAUUCUGUUGCAUGGACCCCCAGGAACAGGAAAGACGAUGAUGGCAAACGCCAUUGCAGGAAGCUUGGGCGUCCCAUUCAUCACCAUUUCGGCACCCUCGGUUGUCUCGGGAAUGUCGGGAGAGUCUGAGAAGAAGAUCCGUGAAGUGUUUGAGGAGGCCAGGGAUUUGGCGCCUUGUCUGAUGUUUAUCGAUGAGAUCGAUGCUAUUACACCAAAGCGUGAGACAGCUCAGAGAGAGAUGGAGAGACGUAUCGUUGCACAACUGCUCACCUGUAUGGAUGAUUUGAACUUGGAGAACACAAACGGAAAGCCAGUGAUGAUUAUUGGCGCCACCAACCGCCCCGACUCUCUGGACCCUGCCCUUCGACGAGCUGGACGUUUCGAUCUGGAAAUCAACAUCGGUGUGCCCGACCAGGACGCUCGUGAGCAGAUCCUUCGUGUUAUGUCGUCAAAGCUCAAGUUGUCGGGCAACUUUGAUUUCAAGGAACUGGCCAAGCUGACUCCUGGAUAUGUUGGAGCGGAUCUGAACGCAUUGACUGCUGCCGCCGGAGUGGCUGCUCUGAAGCGUAUCUUCCAAGAGAUUGGCAACGUCGACAAGAUCAAUGAAUCAGAGGCGAUGGAGACCGUUACCGAUGAGUUGGACAUGAUGGACAUGGACCAACAGAUGGCCGAUGCCGAUAAGGCCAUGCAGGUUGACUCAACUUCAACCACUAUUACCGAGAUUGUCACGGGAACGACCACUGAGCGGACUACCACAACAACCUCGACAGCAGUAGUGAAGCACGAACACUUCAACAACGCCACCCACAAACCCAUCCAUUCUAUCAGCGCCUUCUUGCAGUCUCACCCUACACCAUUGACGCCGGAGCAACUCGAGCCCCUUCAUAUCACCAACGAAGACUUUUUGAUUGCCUUGACCAAGGUCCAGCCCUCGGCCAAGCGCGAGGGUUUCGCCACAGUGCCCGAUGUUUCGUGGGACAAGAUUGGAGCUUUGACUUAUGUCCGUGAUGAGCUGAGAAUGGCUGUUGUUGAACCGAUCAAGUACCCUGGCCUGUUCGCCUCGGUUGGAAUCCAGACUCCUGCUGGUGUGUUGCUGUGGGGACCUCCCGGAUGCGGUAAAACCUUGCUGGCCAAGGCUGUCGCAAGCGAGAGUAGGACCAACUUCAUCUCUGUCAAGGGACCAGAGUUGCUCAACAAGUAUGUUGGAGAGAGUGAAAGAGGAAUUCGUCAAGUUUUUGCCCGUGCCCGUGCCUCGGCCCCAUGUGUCAUCUUUUUCGAUGAGUUGGAUGCCCUCUGUGCCAAGCGUGAUGACUCUCAGUCUGAAGCUUCGGCUCGUGUUGUCAACACGCUGCUGACAGAGUUGGACGGAAUGGAGAACCGGUCUGCUGUGUAUGUGAUCGCCGCCACGAACCGUCCCGAUAUCAUCGAUUCUGCUAUGCUCCGUCCCGGCCGUUUGGACAAGUUGUUGUACGUCCAGUUGCCAACCAUGGAGGAACGUCUUGAUAUUUUGCAGACACUCGCCAAGAAGACACCUCUGGGACCAGAUGUGAAACUGGACAUGGUCGCAUCGGAUGAGCGCUGUGAGAACUUUUCCGGUGCCGAUUUGGCGUCAUUGGUUCGUGAGGCUGGUAUGUCUGCACUCCGGACGACACUGAAGACGUUGAACGAUAUGGGCAAGGCAGGCGAGAAGUUGGAUGAUAACCGUGGGCAGGCAUCGUUGAUUGAUAUGGAUGGACCGUCGAGCGACUUGCUGUCGACGCCAAUUUUGGUCGCUUGGAGCGAUUUCGAUACUGCAUUCACCAAGGUGUCGCCCAGUGUGUCUCCUCAGGACAGGAUGAAGUAUGAUAAGCUGCACAUUAAGUUUGGAGGCGGGUCAGCCAAGGCCAAGAAGCUGAAGCAGAAGGCUGUGGAGGUUGUGGAUGUUGUGGAGGCUGUGGAGGCUGCACCAUCAUCUGUAACGGCAGCGGCAACAACGAUAGCUGUAGAGCAUGGGAAGAAGAGGAAGAGCUCUGCUGACGAUGAGGGCUCGGAUGCUUCGUUGUAA